UCCCCGGACUUCUGAAUUCCUUUUACCCAACUGUCUCCUCUGUUUUCUCUUGUCUAUUACCUCUGUUUUUCUCUGUUUAUUUUCUUGAAACAUGACUAACCAAACCAUGGUGGUUUCCGAAUGCACGUCGGGCAUUAAUGUGGUUGCCAUGACUGUGGCAAUGGCCAACUCUUCUCUCUUCUCCCCGGUGGCUGCAGCGUUGCCUAAGCCAUCGUUUGGAGGAGGAGGUGGUUACAUUGCCAUUUCGCGAAACAAUUCAAUAAAGAACAUCGAUAUUAACAACGGAGAAAGAGUUAAAAGGGUUCAUGCAUGGGUAGAGACCAUGAGAGCUUCUUCUCCUUCUAGAAAAUCUUCUUUAUCUCAAACUGAUGACCAUAAAACUUGGAUGAUUCAACAUCCUUCAGCACUUGGGAAGUUUGAGGAGAUCAUAGAAGCCUCAAAAGGGAAGCAGAUUGUCGUGUUCCUCGACUAUGAUGGUACCCUUUCACCGAUUGUAGAAGACCCCGAAAAAGCUUUCAUGACAUCUGAAAUGAGGGAAGCCGUCAGGGAUGUAGCUAAGUACUUCCCUACAGCCAUUGUCAGCGGAAGAUGUCGUGCCAAGGUACACAAUUUUGUAAAAUUAUCAGAGCUUUUUUAUGCCGGAAGCCAUGGCAUGGACAUCAAGGGACCAGCUAACAGUAACCAUGGAAUUCUCUUCCAACCGCCUAAAGAAUUUGUACUAAUGAUGAACAAUGUCUACAAAAUUUUGUUGGAAAAAACUAAACUGAUUCCUGGAGCCAAGGUGGAAAACAACAAGUUCUGCCUAUCUGUACAUUUCCGACGUGUAGAUGAAAAUUUAUGGGUUGAUUUAGCGGAAACUGUUAAAUCAGUACUGAAGGAGUACCCGAAGCUGAGAUUAACUCAAGGGAGAAAGGUUCUGGAGAUUCGUCCGACAAUCAAAUGGGACAAGGGAAAAGCCCUCGAGUUUUUACUGCAAUCACUAGGCUAUGAGAAUUCAGAAAAUGUCUUGCCUAUUUACUUAGGAGAUGACAGAACUGAUGAAGAUGCCUUUAAGGUACUACGUAAAAGAGGACAAGGAUUAGGCAUUCUUGUGUCCAAAUUUCCAAAGGAAACAGCUGCUUCUUAUUCUUUGGAGGAACCAUUACAGGUUAUGCACUUCUUACAGCGACUUGUGGAAUGGAAAAGAUCAUCAGCAACAUAACAGCAGGAAUAGUAGGCUUACUAUAAUUAGAUGGAUAGAAAUUGUCAAUUAAAUUCCCCUGAAAAUUAUUACUCAGGGGUUUGGAUUGUAACUUUUCUUGCUUGAUGAAUAAACUUUUGUAACACAAAUCAUGUCAGUAAAAAUUACUGACAGUGAUUUAUGGAGAAUUAUGAAUUAUUGACAUUAAUUUA